CACUCAAGCUCAGCAAUGAUCUUAGCCCUACCUUACGACACCAUGGUGCCUCUCCUUGUGCUCUGCCUUCUUUCGCCACUCUUAGUUGCCUCUGCGGAUACAUCUGUCUUGAAGUGUGUACAAGGAGCAGAAGUUUCUAACGCUUCGGACUGUGCCAGCGGUUUGGAUGCCUGCGUGCUCAUCAGGGACCAGAGCACAAUGCUUGGCACCGAGUUUGACACAACAACCUAUUCAUGUGGAAAAAGUGAUUCUUGUGCCAAUGCUUAUAACAUCACCAUAGGAAAAGAGAAACAUUUGCGCUCCAGCUCUGCUUGCUGUACUGAAGAUGGGUGCAACGCAAAGUUAAAUUGGACCUCUCUUCAAGCUCCUUGGACUGAGAAUGGGCUCACUUGCCCAAAAGGAUGUUAUGCUCAGACGGAGAAGGAGUGCAUGGAUGGACCGGUCUUAUGCACAGAUGGUCAAAGGAAUUGCAUCACUGUAGAAGGAAGCUCUGGUGCCAAGACGUUCGUCGUGCAUGGUUGUGGAACAAGCAAUAUGUGCGGUGUAGAAAACUAUGCAUUGACAAUUGGAGGAAUCCCCUACAAUAUCAAAACAAUAACAUGUGUCCCUGCUGCAAAAGAAGCAGACACUGCAUAAUCCUUAAUGAGCCAGAAAUUCUGCAUCAGCCACAACUUGGAAACCAGCCACAACUCC